AUGCGUACAGCAGCCACGAGCAGAGGAGGACCAACUAGUGCCAACGACCCUCGGAGGGACCCUGACAAGCAAGAAUCCAAGUUUGAUGCCCCCCGAAAGUCCCAAGGUAGAUUCCAACAGCAAUUCGAGUUCAUCGAGGGAUUAAACAGCAAAGCUCAACGGAAAAAGACGCGAUCAUGGGUCACCACGCAACACUAUCGGCGAAAGCGAUAUGACGCAGGAAACGCUGUGCUAGAGUCCGGCCAGGGGCUCGAGGCCGAGGCAACGAAACCCUCAGUCACAGCUCCCAACAAUUCCAAGCCCAACAACGAAGGGGAGCGACAUACCGAAGAUGGAGCUGGCAUUGCUGUGCGACAUACGUGGAUGGAGAGAUCCUCAUUUCUGCAACGAUUGGGAGGCGGGCGGGCGGAUCCAUUCAAUUCCUAUCCUGUCCCGGCCACCCGUGAUGUACAUGCACUCGUGGACCAUUGUGGGUUUCCCCGUAUCUCUCCUCGAUACACUGCUAUAUGCUUUAUAUAUGCGCUAAGUCAGAUCAGACUGCUUUGUGAUCCCCUCGCUUGUCCACAGACAUUGGGCCAGGGCGGUUCGCAGGCCACGAGCGUGCUGGGACUUGUUCAACCUCUACCGCAACAAUGA